AUGACAACGAUAGUAGUUCCUCCCGUUAUCCCUACUCCUGCUGAAGAUGCCGAUGCACUGCUGAAGGCUUUCCAAGGCUGGGGCACUGAUGAGCGGACAGUAAUAGCUGUAUUAGCUCACCGGGACGCAACUCAGAGGAAGAAGAUCAGAAUGGCCUAUGAAGAGAACUACAACGAGAACUUCAUCCAGCGCCUGCAGUCUGAACUUUCAGGUCACUUCGAGAGAGCAAUGUACCACUGGGUACUUGACCCUGUGGAGAGGCAGGCCGUGAUGGCGAACACCGCGACAAGAUGCAUCCAUGAGGACUACCCUGUCAUCGUCGAAAUCGCGUGCGUGAACUCCUCCCCGGAGCUUGUGGCAGUCAAGCGAGCCUACCACGUCCUCUACAAGUGCUCCCUGGAAGAAGACGUCGCCGCUCGCGCCACGGGAAAUCUUCGCAGCCUUCUGCUUGCUCUAGUAAGCACUUACAGGUACGACGGCGACGAGGUGAAUGAUGCAUUGGCUAAAUCAGAGGCAAAGAUUCUCCACGAGACUGUAAUGAACAGCAGCGAGACGGAUCACGGGGAGCUCAUUCGGAUCGUGGGUACAAGAAGCAGAGCACAACUCAAUGCCACGUUCGGUUGGUUCAGAGAUGAGCAUGGCAGCAGCAUCACCAAGGCACUGCAUUGUGGAGCUGAUCCCACAGGCUACUCGCACGCGCUGCGCACCUCGGUGAGGUGCAUCUCUGAUGCGAACAAGUACUUCGUGAAGGUCCUGAAGAACGCGAUGCACAAGUCGGGGACUGACGAGGACAGCCUGACCCGGGUGAUCGUGAUGCACGCGGAGAAGGACCUCAAGAGCAUCAAGGACGCGUUCCAGAAGAGGGCCUCGGUUUCCCUGGAGCAAUCCAUCGCCAAGGACACCUCUGGUGACUACAAGAGCUUCCUCAUGGCUCUGCUUGGGAAGAGUGGCAUCUGA